ACUCAGAAGAGAUUAAAGUUUGCUCACUUUUCAGAAGGUGCGUCCCUUCCCUCGGGUCAAACCGUCGUUGGGACUCCGAACAGCGGGAGAACAUGACCGACCUGUGGGUCUCUCUGGCGGUGAUUGUCGCCGCGGUUCUCCUGAGCGAGGCGGUCCGCCGGAGCGCGGCGCGACUGUUCGCCGGAGCUCCAUGGAUCUACCUGGUGGAGGCGGCGUCCACCUUUCAGCUCUGCAGCUGCACUCACGAGAGCAAGCUGCUGGCGGAGUCCGGCCGGUUAGAACCGCCGCUCCUCGGCCCCGCUCUCACCUACACAAUCACCGUCGUCCACCUUAUAACUUUCCAGGCAGCGACGUGUAACCCCAUCGCGGUUGUGGAGAGCUUUUGCCGGGGGAGCAGAAGCGGCAGGGCGGCUGUUAUCGUCAUAUGCUGCCAGUUCGCGGCUGCUGUCGCGGCGCAGUUCUUCGCGGGCUCCGUGUGGUCGCUGGGUCUGUCCGACGUCCACGUCCGGCACCAGAAGUUCGGCUACAGAUGCUUCGACCCUCUGGGCGGGAGUUUGCUGGAGGCCGCGGCGGUGGAGCUGGCCUGCGCCUUCUUUAUCCAGGCUGCGGUCCUGCAUAUUCACAAAGUGGACGAAAAGCUGCGAGUUCACUUCAUCGCUGCGGUCGUCACUGCUCUGGUCGCUGCAGGUGGCAGUAUCUCAGGAGCUGUGUUUAACCCCGUACUGGCCUUUUCCAUCCAGUUCCCCUGCAGUGGCCACACCUACCUGGAGUACUGCUUCGUCUACUGGCUCGGACCAGUUCUAGGUGUGACGAGCUGCAUCCUGCUGUUUGAGAAGAUCAUUCCUUUCCUGUCUGGAAAAAGCACCGUAAGACUGGACGUCCCCGCUGUCCACAAACAGAAGAUGCAGUAAAGCCACGUCUUCCGCCUCAAAAGUAGCAGGAGUUUUCAAGGUACAGCGAUGUAGAGACAGGUCACGACUAUAGGUUUUUCAUUUCCACAAAUGUGAAUGUUUUUCUUGAGUAAACAAGUGAAAGCAGGUGGAAUCCAGUUAAAACUGGUUCUGCAAAGCGACACUCAUUUACUGUAAUACACAGGAAACUCAAACGUGCUAAAUCCUCACAGCACAUGCACUGCAGUCAAAUCAUGUUGCAUCAUAAAAAAACUAGAAACCAAUAGACACGAGAGCUACAAAAAAUAAUGUUGACAAAUAUCCCAAGAACACGUUUGCUGCUUUAUCUCGUUGUUAAACAGACUUUUCUGACUGGAAACCGAAGUUUCUCUCACACCAAAGUCCACAGAGAAAAUCUGCAUUUUAGCUCACUGGGACUCAGGAGCUGCAUUUGGUCAGUUUGUGUCACUGAGGUAAAACCGAUUGACCGUUUUUUUUUUUUUUUUUUUUUAAGCACUGAAGUCUUUAAAAUAACACUUCUGAACUCACUGAUGUAGGCAGCAGUGCAUCAGCAACUCCUGUGCGCUGUGAUGUAAAAUCGCUGAUUUUCUCCAUGGACUUUGGUGCGCGGAGCGAGUGGUUUCCUAAAUCAUAAACUUAAUCUGGCAUAGAUUUAAUUAGGUUAGCUGGUUUAAAUCUGGAACUACCUCGCUGUUGUAUGUACAUCUGUCCACUUGUGAUUGGAUCAGAUGUUAAAACCAGGUCUAAACCGGGGACUGUGAAAGCUCAGAGCUGAAGAGCAAUAGAAGUGGUAUUUAAAUAAUGCAGAAACAAGUACAACAUUCUACCCUGUAGAUCCAGUGUUUUAAAGUAUUAUUUAGUUUUAAAACACGAUUCAGGCUGCUUUUAAAAAAUAACAGCACAAGAUGUCAGACUGUGUAAAAGCAAGGCCCUUAUCUGAAGCACAUGAUAAUGGCUGAUUCUAAGGCUAUGAAAACCAAUCAAUCUUUGUAUUUCAGCAAUUAUACACAUGUACAGACGUAUGGGGCGUAUUUUUUUUUACAUUUUUUCCAAUAAACCCUCUUUAACUGAAGCACAACUAAAAGACACAGGUUUACAAGCAUCAUUAGUCUUUAACAAACGUGUUUAGUUCUGUUUCCCAGUACUCGUGAAAGUCCCUUUAUUUUCCGCGCUACAAAAUGGGACGUCAACAAAUUUCGCGCCAAGUCAAUAGUAAAAACAUGCUACUUUUACUGUAAAUUGCUCUUCCGUCUUAUUUGUCUCACAUUAAAUCAGUUUUACACAGUUCUGUACAAUUUUUAUGCAUGGACAUAUUUCUAUACUGUUUUUGUUAAGUAAAAUACAGUGUAGAGCAUGGUUAGCGACAGGUGUUGCUAACAGUGGCUAGCCCUGAGAUACGUUGGCGUCCACGUUUUCUCAACUUGUCACCUGGUACCUCUGAGGUGACGUCGCUUCCUGUUUCGACUUCCACUGUAAAAGGAACGCACCAUAAAUGGCAACAGUUCAAGAACAGGGAGUCGGCACGCAGGAAAUGCAAAAUCAGGCCAAACCUGAUGAGUCAUGUUCGGUAUGAGUUGAGGUGAAAGACAACAAAGUUUUUUGCUCUAUGUUCGUUUGAUUCACGCUUUUCACUUUGCACAUUCAUCAUAUUUACACUUGUUUAUAUUUACGUUAAUCUUUUUUACUUUAAUUUGAACACACUGUGAUGUUGGUAGUGGUGGAGUUUUCGUCUUAAGUUUAGAGACCAAAGCCUUUACUGUUGAUUUAAAUCUUUUUUUCAUGCAUAAAUCAUGUUUGAAUUUAUGUCUCACUUAUUUUUCACGUUCCCUGUACACCUUUUGUGUAUUUAUCCCCUUUUUCCACUGGAUUUCGUUAAUUUCUGUGAAAACGUUGAUCAUUUACAUCUUUUAAAUACCUCAUGUCUGAAAGUUCAUUUACGUUUUAAAAAAUGUGAGAAAUAAAGGUUGAUUUUCUUUGACA